AUGGAAUUCUCUUUAGCUACUAUUCAUCGCGAUUCAAUUAGUGGCAAACUUUAUCCUCGUGCGCGGACCUGCAUCUUUCGCAAUUUCUGGUCGCAGAUACCUCUCCACCACUCUGCAAAGGAAGCAAUGGAAACAGCCUGUGGCCGUAAUACCAAAAAAGAGACUUAUGGUGACAGGGACAAUGAUAAUAGAAGGUCACAUCAUAAUCUUUGUGGUGCUAUAAAUGAAAAAGUGUUUUCAAGUGACUUGUUCACAUUUACAACUGAUGUUAGGAUGGCAAAGGUUUCUGAUCUUACGAGCCUUGAUGGCAACCCCGGUGGGGAUGUCGAGGCCGUGUUCUGGAUAAAACCGUCUUCUACUCAGUGGAGGGUGAAAGGCAAGGCAUUUGUUAUUGGUGGAGACCCCAAAGACGAAGUAGAACAAAGAGCACGGAGAGAGAUACAGAAGGGCAUGCGGCAGCAGUACCCUUCUUCAGAGGAAUCCAUACAAGCAUGGAGCUGGGAGAAAGAAAUUACUGCUCAGUUUGCAAAUUUGAAUCCUUUGAUGAGAGGUUCUUUCAGAAACCCACCUCCAGGUACCAUAAGGUCAACACCCGAUUCUGACUACCAUCAGAAGCUUAAACUCGGGCAAAAGGUGGACAGUCCCUGGGAUGAAGUGGCAAGGAGCAAUUUCCGCGUUGUGGUUAUUAAGCCAGAGGACGUCGAAAUGGUAGAUUUAACAGCGCCAGACGCCGCCUUGAGGGUGCGAUGGAAGUUGACGGACGGUCUUGAUGAUAGAGGCACUGGGUGGAAAAGAGAAGACUUGUGGCCUUGA